UUCUGUGUGCUGGUGAAGAUUUCUCCUAAUGGUAGGAAUUAACCCUCAGCACCACCCCUUCCAUUUGGAUGCCAUUGCUGCUAUUAACCUUUGUCUUACAAUGGUGCCUGUAAUUCAUCAUUAGCAAAUUAAAUUAUUAUUUCCUUGUGCUCCUUGUGUAGUUGAAGGUCAUAAAGUACUUUUCCCAAGUUUGUUUGUUAUUAAUUAAGUGGUUCUCACAAAUAUCAUUGAUCAGAUGGCGAUAAAGAUAAUCAUGAGGAUUCAGAUCAAAAAAAUCACCUACAUGGCUUUGAUCAAGAUGCUGAAACAAUGAUUAAGAAGGUCAAGCAAGCAUUGGCUAAUGGAGAAGGACGUCGGGUUUAUGGGGUCUUGGAUGUCCAAAGAGUUGCUGGGAACUUCCAUAUCUCAGUUCAUGGGUUGAACAUUUUUGUUGCACAAAUGAUUUUUGAAGGGCCCAUUCAUGUCAAUGUGAGCCACAUUAUUCGUGAUUUAUCAUUUGGGCCAAAAUAUCCUGGAAUUCACAACCCACUUGAUGAGACUUAACGGAUUCUAUGUGGUUCAAGUGGAACAUUCGAAUAUUACAUAAAGGUUUGAUUCCUGGUCUUUCUUUGAUAAAAUUGUUGAUUUAUCUUCUGGUGUUUCCAAUAUGCACCUUCUUUAAGAUAGCUGGUGCAUUUUUUCAGCACAUAUGUGCUCCAGAUCUUGCUGUUCAAGGGGACCCUUGCUUAAAUGAUCAUUGUGUUGUCCUCAGUAUUGA